AUGUCAGGGUUCGGAAAGAGUUUAGAGAGUCUCAAGUAAAACGUGUGGAGAUUUAGAGCGAGUUUCGAAAAUAAAAGUUGUGCGCCAAAACAAAAAUAUUAUUUUUAAAAAAUUGAAUCACAUUGACAAGAAUUGUGGUUAAAAUGUCGGAGGCAAGCAAUAUUACACGCUGUAAUUGUUGCAAUGAAGUCAUGGAGGAGCUGUUAUCAAUGCGAAUAUGCUUUGAAAAAUUAUUUCAUCGGUUAAAGAAGGAAAUUCUAGGACUGAGGCGCGAAGUUAUCGGCGCUUUGGAAAGCAAGUCUGCAUUAAAAGUUACACAUGAACCUAAAGCUGCAUCAAAAGUUUUAAAAUCUGCGCUCCAAGAUCCUGCUGUUGUGCCUAGUGAGGAGGCUGUGCCUACAAUUGACUUAAACAUUAGUGACACGGAUAAUGAAAGUGUAAAAUCAAAGAAAGUUAAAAAAUCUGCUGCUACCAAAUCAAGCACAAAUCCAAGGAAAACAGAGAGAGUGGGCCCAGAUGUGUCAUAUGUUGCGUCCACAGCCAGACCAGUUUUGGAUUUCUACAACAUACAAGCGCGUGUCAUGCCUACGCAACAAUUCCGAGAUGCGCAGCAAUUUGAGGAUUGGAAUAUACUUUUGCGAAAUGACGAAGAUCAGCGGGAUCAGCUGCGUGUUGAGCUAAUGCAAGGAAACUAUAAAGAACCAGAAAAGUACAUCACACAAACUUGGCGUAAUAUUUUCCACAAUGAUGCUGCUCACCAUUAUUCCUACAGAGGAACUGGACGAGACAAGCGUGCAAUUAAAGAUUAUAUUUUCACGGAUAUAUUUAAAGAAAUCUUUUUACAACGAUUCUACCACAUGGAUGUAGAAUUUUUCAUAGACCGGACGAUGCGCUUUUUUAAAUAUGUGCGCGAUCAAAGACGUAAAGCGGCACUGAAGCAGCGAAAACUGCAGGAAAAGGAUGCGGCGCCAGAGGCAGAAAACGAAGUUUUGCAAGAAUCAAUGGAUGACGAAUGAAGUUUUGUGUGUUAAGAUAAAUGCAACCUUGCCAUAGUUAAAGACCGGAUUUGAUUUGAACUAAUUUUACCAUGACAAUAUAAUUUGAAGUAU